AUGUGUGCGGUUGACUGCGUGGCUGCCUUGCCCCGCUAUGCCAGGAAAGGGCGACAAGUCGUGCCCCUGGGGCCAUGGCUACAGCGAUUCUUCUCACUUCGGAACAGGCAGUUCUGGAACUACUCGGUCUCACCAAGGACGUGGCCUUACGUCUUGCUGUGGUGUGCUGAAGAUUCUCGCCAAGCGAUCUUCGUGGCCAUCGUGCACCUGGGAGCUUUGGCCGCUCCCUUCUUCUUCACUUGGAAGGUCGGCUACAUCAUGACAGGCAUGCUCGGCAUCACACUGUCGUACCACCGGCAGCUGUCCCAUCGGGCCUUUGUGACACCAAAAUGGUUGGAGUACUUCCUGGCCUACUGUGGUGCGCUAGCUGUUCAAGGUCCCCCAAUCAGUUGGGUGUCGUCUCAUCGGCAUCAUCAUGGGAACACUGACGCCAAGGAUGAUGUGCAUUCUCCUCGCGAUGGAUUUUGGUGGUCACACAUGGGGUGGCUGUUUGAUGCUGAUGGCACGAAGAUCCGCCGCGACAAGAAGAAUGCUUCAGACCUGUCGUCGCAGCGCUUCUACCAGUUCCUGCAGAAGACCUACGGCAUACACUGUGUGGUGCUGCCAAUCUUGGCCCUCUAUGCCUACGGCGGAUUGCCCUGCGUUUUGUGGGGCUUCUUUGCACGCGCCGCUUGGUUUUGGCACAUCACUUGGGGUGUGAACUCGGCCCCUCGGACGCAACUCGUAGCACCAUAG